ACAGGCAGGGGCGAUAAAUCUGCACCCAUAAUAACACCCGCAGCCAAGCCAGCCAUCUCCGGCCACCACCAGUCCACCACCCACCGAAGCCAGCCACGGUGCAAGGCUCCCAGAGACAAUGGCGACGGCGUGGGUGCGCUCGCUCAGCUGCAGGUCCUCCUACGCCGUCACUGACGCCGCCGUCGCGACGUCUCCGGCCAAGAAGCCGCCGCCGCCGCUGCUCCCGGUCUCGUGCGCUGCUGCUGCGGCCGCGGACGUGAUGGACGCCGUGGCCUUCGCGCAGCACGCAAGGAAGAAGAAGAUGGGGAGGGAGAGGGAGAGGCGGAGGGAGGCGCGGGAGCGGCAGGAGCCGCGGCCGCGGCCCAAGAAGAAGCCGAAGCCGAUGGCCGCGGCGCUGUUCAUGCCGUCGCCUGCGCCGGCGCCCGUGAGCUCGGCGUUCCUGACAAUGGCGGAGCUGCCGGAGGGGCACUCGUCGCGCCGGGUGGUCGAGCUCAUCUUCUCGUCCGGGUGGGGCGGCGCCGCGGCGGGGGCCCCGGAGCCAACCGUGGAGGCGCUGUUCCGCGUCCACAGCGCGGCGCGCGCGGUGGCGCGGUUCGAGGAGGCGAGGGCCGCCGCACGCGCGCACGGCGCCGCGGCGCGGUGCGGCGCCGACGGCAACGAGAUGAUGCGCUUCCAGUGCCGCGCGUCCGCCGACGCCAGCGGGGUGUUCGGCGCGGGCGUCGCCACCUGCCGCCUCGGCCCGUCCGUCACCGCCGUGCGCACGUUCGCCUGCAGCGGCGCCGCCCACGCCAGCUCCGGCGGCGGUGGCACCACCGGCCGCAGGGCGAUGUUGGUGUGCCGCGUCAUCGCCGGGCGCGUCCGCCACGCCAACGACCACCCCUCGUCGCGCCGCGCCCACACCUCCGCCGUCGACUACGACUCCGUGGACAUGGGCAACGGCGAGCUCGUGGUGCUCGACACCCGCGCCGUGCUCCCCUGCUUCCUCAUCAUCUACAAGGUCUAGGCCCUGGACUACAGCAUUAACCAACCCUAGUGAUCCGUUAACCCCUCGUUAAUUACCGUGCUAAUCGCUAGUCUUCUCCUCAUCUUUUUGGCCUCCUCUUUACUCUGCUUUCUGGAGUGUCAGGUGUGGUUGCUACACAAAAUGGAACCUGUGUGUAAAAAGCAGUACAAAAACCGCUACUUUUUUGGCUUUGAAUCUUGAAAUGGUAUAGAAUUUUUUUGCUUUUGGCUCUCUAUGCAAACAACUCCCCUCCUGCAUCACUGAUUCACUGCAUGGAGGCAAGGUACCUUCUUGGCCUUCUUCGCUCCUGCUCUCUGCAGGAACACUCGCACAUCUCGGCCCUCCGUGUCUCCGUGCACGGUUCAGAUCACUCUGGCGGCUUCCCGUGGCAGCGGGAUUCACGGUUUCUUUAUCGUUUAUCCCUUUCCAGCACAGAGAUCUGUCGCCGCAGGUUUAAAGCGUUUUUGGCGUAGCGCCCGUGUCUUCUUCCUCCUCUCGCCGUCGCCAAUCGUCUGUUUCCUUCUCCCAUGGCUGCCUGAUUAUUAGCAGCGUGGAGAGGUUUCCGUGACAAGCGAUUUGACAGGUUGGGAAUAAAAGGAAGUUGGCAACAUCUUCAGGAGUCAGAGACAGGCGUUGCCGGGCUCGUGUCCUGGUGGUCUGGUUUGCAGCAAAAGUGUGCGUGUUGGAUGCUAGCUUCUUGGACCCUUGCCAUUGUGCUCCAGCUCCACUGUCUUGCUAGCUAACUGCCAUGCUUUGUUUGCUCUCUGUGUCUCUUGUUCUGCAUUGUCCUUGCUAGGACUACGAGGUUGCUUUUCCUUUUUCUUCGAGAGAGAAAUUGCAGGGCCUCGUUGUAGUUAAUGUUGAGCAUGUGCUCACUUUUGCUGCAAACUAACAUUACUAUUGCUUGUUUUUCAAUGGCCUUUUCGUUGAAUCUGGUGAGACGUUUGUUUAGUUUGGUGGCAACUGCAAGGUGGCCGGGAUGUUAAUGUCAAGUGAAUGCGAGGUAGAACUAGGUGACAUUUUCAGUUUGGAGCUUGGACUUCAGAAGCAGCAUGGAAAACUCUUGCUUGCUUGGGUCCAAAGGCUCUUGAUGAGACGACAACGCAUGGAGCAGUCCGUCUAUUUCCUGUUUGGUUUCAGUGUUUGAUGACCAGAUAAUCUUUUUGAGAGCUGUGACCUCGAUAAUCAAAGUGUUGAUGUGAAAAGAUAUUAUGCUAAGCACUGA